GUUAAUGUCUGCGAAUUAAUUUUGGGCAAAUACAUGCAUUUUUUGUAACGGUAACUGCAGGUUCAGAACAUUGAAGAGGUCCACGGUGCUCUGAACAGCAGCAAGAAACGGGGCCCUACUGGCUGUGCUAUGGCGACGCUAUAAUCUCUACACUGACACAGGGACAGCCAUAUCAAUAAGUCGUAAAUUGUGUCAGACGGACACCAUGGAUGAAGAACCAGAGAGAGCAAAGCGCUGGGAAGGGGGCUAUGAAAGGACAUGGGAAGUGCUGAAGGAGGACGAAUCUGGCUCACUGAAAGCCACAGUGGAGGAGAUCCUGUUCCAGUCAAAGAGGAAAAGGGUGAUAGAGAGCCAUGGACAAGUACGGCUUGGAAUGAUGCGUCACCUCCACGUGGUAAUUGACUGUUCAAGAAGUAUGGAUGACCAUGACUUAAAACCAAACCGCCUCACCUCCACACUAAAGCUCAUGGAAACUUUUGUUGAUGAAUAUUUUGACCAAAACCCUAUCAGUCAGCUGGGCAUUAUCACCACAAAGAAUAAACGGGCAGAGAAGCUGACGGACCUGGCAGGAAAUCCAAAGAAUCACAUUGUUGCUCUGAAGAAAGCCGUGGACACUGUGUGCAUAGGAGAGCCGUCCUUAUACAACUCUCUCAACCUGGCCAUUCAGACUCUCAAGCACAUGCCUGGACAUACGAGCCGGGAGAUCCUCAUAGUCCUCAGCAGCCUCACUACAUGUGACCCAGCAAACAUAAGUGAGCUGAUUAAGACCCUGAAGGAUCUGAAGGUGCGGGUGUCUGUAAUUGGCCUGUCAGCGGAGGUCAGGGUGUGUACAGUCCUGACCAGAGACACGGGAGGCUCGUACCACGUUAUCCUGGAUGAGAGUCACUUCAAAGAGCUGCUGAUGCUGCAUGUCAAACCUCCUCCAGCCAGCUCUUCAUCUGAAUGCUCUUUGAUACGCAUGGGUUUUCCUCAACACAUCAUCGCCUCUCUCACUAAUCAGGAUGCCAAGCCUUCAUUCAGCAUGUCUCACCUGGACAGCAGCAGUGGUGCAGGUCUGUCUCUGGGAGGAUACUUCUGUCCGCAGUGCCAAUCAAAGUACACAGAGCUACCUGUGGAGUGUAAAGUCUGCGGUUUGACUCUGGUGUCGGCACCCCAUCUUGCCAGAUCCUUCCACCACCUUUUCCCCCUCCAGGCCUUUAUAGAGAGUCCUGUGGAUGAGCGCCAAGACAAAAGGGUCUGUCAAGCUUGUCAAGGGGAGCUGAAAGAUAAAAGUGCAUUCACCUGUCCAUCAUGUCGCAGUGUAUUCUGUGUGGAGUGUGACCUCUUCAUCCAUGACUCGCUACACUGCUGCCCUGGCUGUCUUCACAGUCAGAGCCCCCCCUGAAGCUGAGGGGCUAACUGUCCAACACAGACUGAAAUAAACUCAACGGUCACGUGCCCUUAUAGGCUCAUCACAUCUAUCACAUCGGUGUCGUCGACCUCUGGCAGGGUAACAUUGAACACAAGCUAUGGACCAUCCACAUGAAGAUAUGCAAAAAGAAAUUGAACGAUUUAGCUUGAUCCUUUUAUUUUGAAGGUGGAAGCAGUUUGUUGCUAUUGACCAUGCUGGCCUAAAGCUCUUCUCCUUUUUGAGCGUUGCUAUUACUGCUGUUAAAUGGCACAUCGCAUUAUUUUUUAUUAAAAACAGUGUGAUCGCACUGUAGCUACACUGUUUGGUAGCCUACUGCAGUUCUGUUUGUGGCAUGGUAGUUGGAAUUUGACUUCGAACUUGUACUUAUUUUUGUACUAGAAAAGCAGUAUUCUAUAUAUGCCACCAAUGUUGAAUCUCAAUAUUUAAAUUUGAAUACUUUUGGACCAAAUAAACAAACAAAAUAAUCACAA